AUGACCGAAUCCCCGACCACCCCGCUCUUGCCCACCACAGACCGGCGCCGCAAGGCCUUGAGCAGCGCCUGGAAUGAUUUCUGCGACUUUGCGCUGAGAGAUAAUGUGCUUGAAGUAGCUGUGGGACUUAUCCUCGCGGCUGCAUUCAGUACUGUGGUGUCCAGCUUUGUCAGCGACAUCUUGUUGCCUCCGAUCUCGCUGUUGCCGUUCUUGAGUCGCAAUCUGGAUGAGAGGUUUGCGACGCUGAAACAUGGAGGCAAUGCGACGGCGAAAUAUAAUACCGUGCAGUUGGCUUUGGAAGACGGAGCUGUUGUCAUGGCUUAUGGGACUUUCUUGAACAAGGUGUUCAAAUUUCUGGGUAUAGGUAUUGCGCUCUAUGCUAUUGUCAGACUGUACAUCUACUGCAGUGAUGACGAGGCCAUCAUCAAGCAUGAGAGGAAGUGUCCGUAUUGUCGCAAGAAGAUCAGUAUGAAGGCAAAGCGGUGCUUCUUGUGUACCAGCUGGCUAGAUGGACGAGAAGAUACAGUUGCAUCAGUCGGCACAUGA